UAAAUACUUAUUUGCCCCACUGUAGUUGGAUUUUUGCCAUCCAUCCAUGUUUAAGUAACACAGUUCCAAUUUCCCCCCCAUUUCUUUCUCCGAACUGACAUGUCAGAUAUGGGUUAUAGCCGAUUCUGAGGCGGGGGGGAUUGGAGGUCAGCAGUUGUCUUUCAGUGGUAUGAAUUGUCUGAAUUACACUUCAUUAAAAGGGAACAACCAAAAAAACAAAUUUCUGAAAAUGAUUGAUUUACUGUAAGUAAUACUUCUUUGCUUUGCGACAUAGAAUGAAAGGGAUCCUACAUUAUUUUUUUAUUGUAGUUUUGAUGCAUUUUUGUUUAGUGGUGCUAUAUGGACUACUCAAGACUUUGAGACUAUUUGGCUUUCAUGGGGAACUUUCAGGGUGAAUAAACAUAAAAUGCUUUACAAAUUCACUUCUAUGCCUUUCUGUUACACUUCCGGUAUUUCUGCAUCUCUGUCGCAACCUGCUGCUGACACACUGACAGUCUUACGCUCAGUGACCACUUCCCUUACAAUGCAUCCUGUUUGCGCAAUGGUGAGGUGAUGAUCAAUUGGUCGCCCUAUUUCUUAUGAUUUCAAAACGUGAACGUGAUGAUGAUAAUGACUGUGUAACUUUUUUUUUAAUAGUACUAGGAAAUUAAUUGUUCUGGUCCCUGUCUGCAGACAACAACAAGUUGUACAAAACCUUCUCAAACACUGUAUAGUUUGACAUUUUAUCAUGAUAUUUAGAGAAGAUUAAGUUCAAUUCCGCAGUCAAGGUUAUAGAGCAUUUUAUGUUGAUACUGAGAAACCCCACAGUAGUGAGUUAAAUAAAGACCGUUUGAGUAGAGGAUUUCAUGUUCAAAUGUUGUAGCGAAUGUAAUUUAAGUGUGUAGGUUAGCUAGGUGUUCAGUGUAUAUCUGGACAAAUUGUGAAGUGACAUUUGUAUGGAUGUAGUUCAGAUUGCUUUAUCACAAUAGCUGAACAAGAUGCUAGGUUUGGAUCUCUCCUUUGUGCCACUUAAACUGACAGUAAAGCCUAGCAACGUAACAAUUUAGUCCAAGUUUGGCUUCAGUAAAGACUCGUUGCAAAUGAAACUGCCUAUCAAGUUUAGAAUGGAAAUUCAAACAAGCUGUCAAAUUUUUCUUUGAAAUCCACCCAAAAUGGGAUUUCUGUGGUAGCUGCAUAGCGUUUAGUCAAAGUCUAUUUUACGGUGACAGGUAACAAAUUAUAUAACAUAAUUUACAAAGGCAGGAAUGUGUGCUGAGCAAAUAUCUACGAGUAGUUCAGACUUGUUGUAAUUUGUCUCGAAUCACAAACCUUAAAGGCAUAUUUUACACUAGUGAUAGCGUUUCCUCUUAUUUGUAUUCAUUGUAUUGUGAUUGUAAAUAUUGUGAUGUUUGUGUAGUUGAAAAAGGACAACACAUUUGAGCUCCAUUUGCGCAUGUGAUGUGUCGGUGAGUGGGAGGAGGAAAGGUGCUUAAAUAAGCGUCACACACAGAUCACUGUAACUUGAGAGGUGGGCUAUAAAUACCCCUAACCUUUCCUGUGUUUGCCUAGUUAGAUGAGUUUGGUCAGUGUUGGGCGCAAGCUGCUUGAGGACAAUACUCUUUUGGACACAAGGUUUUCCUGCUGCGUCGCUGUCAGCUUGGCUUCUUCGCGUGAUUCACCGGUGCUCAGAAAUGCAAGACUCAGACGUCUUUUUGGAUUUAAAGUGUCCUGCUGCUCUGCUCAGCUCAGCUCAGCAAUACAAUGCCACUAAAGCGUUUGUUGCUUUGGAAUGACUUGCUGUGUUCGAGACUUGAACAGGUCUCCAAGAUUUCUGCAGUUCCAGGAGCAGCCCCUCUUUCCAACCCAUUCGGAGUCAGAUCCCGAUACCCACUGCACAUGUCAUGCCAUCUACGGCGGGUGCCCUGGCCUCUAAGCCCCAGGAAGAGUCCAGAUCUUCAUCCACCUCUCGAACAUCAAGUGGCUCUGCCUCCAAAUCGUCCUAUCUCUCCAAAUCAGCAUCCUCACCCAACUUGGAUGCUGAGACCACGAUGGGAAGCGAGCCUGCUAGGCCAAAGCCAGACAGCCUGAGUCGUUAUCGAAGCCUUGUCAAUGGGUUGGACCACUCGCUUUUUCCCACAAAUCACACGCGGAUGGAUGAGAGCCAGAGGUUUGACACACCAGCUGUGGAACCUACCCUGAACCAGUCAGUCUUGUUGGGGGGCUUAUGCCCUGAUGUCAAACUCAGAUUACAGACUACAGGGAUUAAAGAAAACUCAGACUGUGCGUCUGAGCCCUACAGAGGAACUAUGGAUCAUAGCUAUAAAGUUCUCCCGGAGGUCAGGCCCGCAACUUACCUCCAUGGAGUUUCGGUUCCCAAUGACACUUCCAAUCCCAGGUCCAGCCAGCCUGUGGGUGGUUAUGCGAGCCCUCUUAGCCUGCAGACGCAGGCUCUUUUGAGGGAACAUGGAGGCACCAAAGCAUAUGAUCCAUUACGCCAGGACCGAUGUGGGGAAAUAUUGGGGUGGCAGCAACAGCAACAACAAAGGCAACAGAUGGACAGUAUACGAAUGCAAGUGGAACAAAUGCAGUUGAGUGCUGGGGUUGGCCAGUACGCGUCUUUGUACCCCACAGCCAUGAAUCCUGAGUCUGGCAAGUGGGACGCUCUGGUCAAAGCAAGUGAAGGUCUGCUAAAGGAGAAGGAGCUUAUUAUAGAGCGACAAAAGCAGCAUAUGACUCAGUUGGAGCAGCGUCUGAGAGAAAGUGAACUUCAGGUCCACGGAGCCUUCCUGGGCAGAGGCGCUCCUCUCGGGGAUAUGUGUUUGUUCCGCCUACAGGAAGCUCAGAGGGAGAACGCGUUCCUAAGGGCACAAUUUGCUGAGCGUGCAGACUGCGUCGCCACGGAAAAGGCGGAGGCCGAGCGCAGGUUGGGAGCAGUAGAGGCCGAGACACGCCGACUGACUGACAGCCUGAAGGAGACUUGUGAUAGGCAUACAGAGGAGAUGAAGAAACAGGAAGAGAGAAUUAAGUCUCGCGACAAGCACAUCAGCAACCUGAAGAAGAAAUGUCAGAAGGAGUCAGAACUGAAACGAGAGAAUCAGAAGCGCAUUGAGACUCUGGAGCGAUAUUUGGCCGACCUGCCCACCUUAGAGGACUAUCAGCGCCAAAACAAAGAGCUUCACGAGGCUGAGCAGCAGGCAGCACAGCUUCAAGAGAAAGUAAAAGAAUUGGAGGCUUCCCUAGGGGCAACACGUUCACAUAUUCAAGAAAAGGAGGCACAGCUGGAGGAACAGAGGCAAAAGGAGAGAGGCCUGCUGACCAACAUAACUGAUAUGCAGCAGCGGGUGCAACAGGGCCUUGAAGAUGGUGCGCGACUGCCCUCUCUGAACAUCGACAAGCUUAGAGGAGAGAACAAUAUUUUAAGAGAGGAGCAGCAAAAACUCAAGGAGGUUAUUGAGAAACAACACAGACUGAUGACGCAACUUCAUUCCCAGAUCAAGGAUUUGGAAGAUCAGAUUUCCCAGGAGGAGAGCACUUCUCUAGCUCUGAGAGAGGACAUGUUGGCCAAAGAGCAAAGUAUGACUGAACUUCACAUUUCUAUGAAAGAGCUCUCUUCACAAAACCAGGACCUGAUGGAUCAGAACUUGACCCUGCAGGAGCAGAUGAGUGAGUUAGAGCAGAACAGGCCAAACGAGGCUUCCUCGAAUCUGCAGCCAGCAGGAGCUCGCUUGACACAGGGGCUUCACAAGGAACUCGCUUCCUGCCUCAGUGACUUGCGCUCCUUGUGCAGUAUUUUGACCCAGAGGGCUCAGGGACAAAAUCCUAACCUCUCCCUAUUGUUAGGUCUCACAGCACCCUUACCAAUGGCAGAAAUUGACGAGGAUUUGAUAAGUUCAGACGUGCUCCACAAGAAGCUGCUGGAAGCGCAACAGCUUCGCCGUGAUGUGGAGGAGUUACGUAACCUUAUACUGGACCGCUACGCACAAGACAUGGGCGAUAACUGCACCACUCAAUAGCUUUGCUGUUUCACCUCAGGAACUUGACGUUCAAGCUUAGUGACUGAAUGUCAGAAUGCUGCGCGGAUUUAAAAUUUUCUUGGAACACAGACAGAAGAACGCCUAAAUGGCCUCGGCUCGUUUUGAUUGACUGAAUGUCACUUGGAGCCCGCUAGUAGCACAGUCUUCCCAUCCUACUGUUAAGUUCAACUUUUCAGUCCAAGGGCUAACAAAAAAUAAUGUACCUCUAAUACUUGAUCCUUAAAUAUUUUUUUUUUUAUAUUAAUGUGAUAUACUAUCAUUUACCAAACAGUCUUAAACCUUUUUCACUCCAAUGGAUAGUUGCGCGUGUAUAAAAGUCCCUGAAAUAUAACUUAUUUAAUUUUAGAUUUCCCUCUUUUGGGAAAAGAUCCUAGAAGCGGUUGACAGUCAACUGAAACUACAUUUUGUUGUAGAGAUGUUGCCACUAUGCCAUUAUUUAAAAUGGUGACAAGUGAAACAUCCGCUCUGUUGUGAGGUAGAAGACUUUGUACCAAACCAGCACUCUAGACCAUUGGGCCUUCGUUUGUUCAAACUACCAAAGAAAGCUGGUCAAUGCAGUAAUGCAAAGUCAGUGUUUGACUCCCCCUACCAAUUCUUGUUCAACCUCUCCGUCCGCCUCUGCUGUAGACCUGGUUCUCUCAAAACACCAUCAGGUGCCUUUGUAUUUUGCUUUUGUGGUACCAUUUCCAUCCAUUUUAGACAAAUCGGAGGCUGCUCUCAGUGCGCUCUUCCAGUAUGACCUUUCUGACAGAGCAUCACUCAUUAGGAUAUAGUCCAUACAUUCCCCGACUCUGAAUGUAGCAGUUGUAUGAUGUUAGGUCUCUCUGCUAGAUGUGUGGCGUUAAAUUUUAGUCCAUGUAUAACCUUGGCAUGUACAUUUUUAGGUUGAUAUAAUGGCUGACUCGUUAAACAUAUGAGUGGGAAACAGUGUUGACCUUCAGUAUUAAUUUAUUCUUGUCUGGAUCGAGUGUGAACAUGUAGUGGGCCUCCUAAUAUGUUGCUGUAAUGAUUCGCUUGACAUUAACAUCGUGCAAAGGUUCCAUGAAGUGUUUUUGUUUCCAUUGUGAUCUGAUCUGAGUGUUGAGAUUUAUCAAAAGGAUGUUUUAAACCUUUGUGAUAAGCAUUGGGCUGGCUGGAUCAUCCCAAAGUUAAUUCACAGUGUGUUCAAUGGAUUUUUAGGUUUUUUUCUGACAUAAAAUAACAAGCCAUUUUAAGAAGAUGUAUAAGGGAAUGAAAAGUGACUUUUCAUACACAAAUAUGCAAUAAUUGUUCUGGACGCAAGCCAUUUCAUGGGACCUUUUAACCUUAAAAUGCACAAAAUUGAGCUCUUGAAAGUCGGGCUCUGCAUGCCUGAACAUCUCAAACAUUUUGAAAAAGGGAAAAAUGUUUAUACGCUCAUACCUUUUUGUCCUUUGUAUUGCCC